CUGAAGAACUGAGUAGCACCCUCCAGGCCGGCGGCCCUCCGCCUUGGCUACCAGUCCCAGAGCGUAGGAAGCCAGCUUCCCUCCCUGAGGGUUACCUGUCCCGCGAUUUCCUAGGCUUCUCGAAGGACAGCUGGAAGACAGGUCCCGCCCCCAAGUCCCUAUAGCUGGUCCCGAAGUGUGCGUCACGUUCCAUUUGUAACCCUUAGAGUUCCGCGCUAUUGUCCCGCUUCCGUCCUCUCCCGAAUCCCUAACAGUCGUGGACUUCAGGAUGUCCGGGCCCAACGGGGACCUGCCCAUGCCAAUGGAGAUCAUCCUCGAAGAAGAGGACAACUGCUUGGGGGAAGCAGGUAACGAACUAGAAUAUGCAGCCAUCAACUCUAUGCUGGACCAGAUCAGUACCUGCUUGGAUCAGCUGGAGGAGAAGAAUGACCAUCUUCAUGCCCGGCUCAAGGAGCUGCUGGAAUCCAACCAGCAGACGAGAGUGGAGUUUCAGCAGCAGCAACAGCUCAAUGAGGGUCCACCUGCAGCUAAGCCCCACUCAUAGACCCUGCUGGAGGCCGUCCCCAGCCUCUCCUUUCCACAGAGCCUCAGGAGCUCCUGCCCUGGAGAAGGCAUUUGCUGGGUGAGUCAGUGGCUCUUCUUACAUCCCUUCUUAAAGGGACAAGGAUGCUUUCACAGCCCACAGGAUGCAAACACCAUCCGGACAGCCACAAAGAUCCCAUUAGGCUUGGGGCCCGUCUUCAGUUAGGGUUCUAGACUGUUGUCUCCCAUUUCCUCAUUUGUAUCUCCUGGUGCUUGGGCCCAAGUUAUCAGAUUGAUCCCAGAGGAUCACCUGUGCCUGGAAUAACUGUCUAUCUGAGGGUAGAUUAGUUGUUUGAAUACAGUUACCUCAACCCGGAUGAGGUUUGGCUCCCCCAGGGUCAGAGUGUGGAAGGGGACGGGAUCAGUAUCAGUAUCAUUAAACAAAUGUC